CAGCGAUUUGGCAGAAUUUUGUUGUUGUUUUCCCCCGUGUUUUGUUUUGGUUGUUGUUGUGGCGAUGAGCGCUCUGCGUGUGAUUGGUACAAGCCGCACACUGGCCGCGGCGAGGACGGCUUCUGCGCUGGCUCCAGUGUCGACAGCGGCGGCUGUGAGGCUCUCAUCAUGUGCAUCAUGUGCAUCAUCUGCAUCGUCUGCGUCCUCGCCAUCGUCCUUGUUGCAGCCGCACCAUCGCCAUCAUCAUCGUUGUCAUCUUCGCCUCCUCAAUGGGCAGCAGUGGAGGGGCGUGUCGACGUCCACGGCUGCCGCCGCACCACCAUCCUCGUCAUCCGGCGAAGAGCACGGCCCCUUGAUGCUGCACCCAAAGUUCUGGCAGACGCUGGACGACUCUGGUGGCCCCGCGCACUUCUGGGGGGAGCAGGCGCGCCGCCACAUCACGUGGUACCACGACUUUCACACGGUGCAGCACCACGACACGGAUCGCGGCAUUGUCUCCUGGUUCCUCGGCGGCAUCCUCAACGCCUCCUUUGAGGGCGGACUCCGCGCCGGUGAUAUUGAUCUCAUCGACGCCAUGGCCAAGGAACGGCCGUACUGCGAGCCGGAGAUGCUGUUCAGCGAGGAGCCGCUUUUCAUGCUGUACACGUCCGGAUCAACGGGGCAGCCAAAGGGGCUGGUGCAUAGCACUGCUGGGUACAUGACGCAAGCUGCUGUGACGCACCGCGCAAUCUUCGACUACCAGCCCGGCGACGUGUACGCGUGCGUCGCCGACGUUGGCUGGAUCACGGGUCACUCAUAUGUUGUGUACGGCCCACUUGCCAACGGUGCAACAACGCUGCUGUUUGAGAGCAUCCCCACCUACCCCGACAGCGGCCGCUACUGGGAGAUGGUUGAGCGGUACGGAAUCAACCAACUGUACCUGGCGCCUACGGCCCUGCGUCGCCUCAUGAAAGACUCUGACGAGUUUGUGACCAAGUACGACCGCUCCAGUCUUCGCGUCCUCGGAUCAGUCGGCGAGCCACUGAACCCCGAGGCGUAUCGCUGGUUCCAUGAAGUGGUCGGCAACGGAAAGUGUUCCAUCGUCGAUACGUGGUGGCAGACAGAGACGGGUGGUGCCAUGAUUUCACCGCUGCCUGGUAUGAAGAACUGCAAGGCGGGAUCAGCAAUGCAGCCGUUCCUUGGCGUUGUGCCUGUCAUCCUCGACAAUGACGGAAACGAGCUGCAGGGCAACAACGUGGAAGGCGUUCUGGCCAUGAAGCAUCCCACGCCUGGCAUGGCGCGCACGAUCCACGGGGACCACGAGCGGUACACGAGCACGUACUGGGGCGUGUAUCCGGGGUACUACUUCACGGGUGACGGCGCGCGGCGGGACGAGGACGGGCACCUGUGGAUCACGGGACGCGUCGACGAUGUCAUCAACGUCUCCGGCCACCGCAUGGGCACUGCCGAGAUUGAGAGCGCGCUGCUUGAGCACGGCGGCGUUGCGGAGGCCGCUGUUGUCGGAUAUCCUCACGACGUCAAGGGCCAAGGCGUGUAUGCGUAUGUGAUUCUGAAGGCCGGGGAGCGCGUGACGGCGGAGACAGCGGACGAGCUGAAGGCGGCGGUGCGACGCAGCAUUGGCGGGCUGGCCGUCCCAGACGUCAUCCAGAUCACGCCAGACCUGCCAAAGACCCGCUCCGGCAAGAUCAUGCGUCGCAUCCUCCGCAAAAUCGCCGCAAACCAGACGGAUGACCUUGGUGAUGUGACAACGUUGUCCGACCCCGAGAUUGUGCAGCAUAUCAUUGAGAGGCACCAGGCCUUGCUGGAGCGCGACGUCGACUGAUCCCCGACACACACACACACACACACACACACACACA